CAGCUUUCUGUCGCCGCUCUGGCCGCCGUUGCCUCUGCCGUCUCUGUCGAUGUCAACAAGCGUGACACUCCUCUGAGCAUCAAGCUUGAGAGUGUUGGUAACUCUGAAGUCAAGAUCGCAGUGACCAACAACGGAGAGAAAACCUUGAACCUCCUGAGCAAGGGCACUUUCCUCGAUGAGGUCGCUCCUGUUGAGAAGGUCCAGGUCUACUCUGCUGCUGGUUCUACUAAGGUUCCUUUCGAAGGCAUCAAGCUUCGUCUCUUGACCACUGGCUUGGCUACUGAGGACUUCGUUGCCCUCAAGGCCGGAGAGACUAAGGAGGUUACUGUCGAAGCUGCCGCUCUUCACUCGCUCAAUGAUGGUGGUGACUUCGAAGUCUUCGCCAGCGGUUUGAUCCCCUACGCGGAGGAGAACUCCACUGAGCUGUCUGGAACUCUCCCUUACGACUCGGAGAAGCUCACCAUCACCAUUGACGGUGCUCAGGCUGCCCAGGUCACCAAGGCUAUUGAUCUGCAGAAGCGUACCUCUGUUCGCUCAAGCUGUACUGGCAGCAAGCUCACCGCCAUUCGCACGGCGCUGUCCAACUGCAACAGGCUUGCUACUUCUGCUGCCUCCGCCGCUACCGCUGGUACCAAGCUCAGUACCUACUUCAAGUCCACCGCCGCCUCCACAAAGAACACUGUUUCUGCUCGCUUGACAGCAGUUGCCCGUGACUGCGGCAGCACCACUGCUACUACCACAACCAACUGCGACGAUCAGUACAGCGGCUGCUCGUCCAACGUCCUGGCUUACACCGUCCCCUCGACUAGCUACAUCACCUACUGCCCUAUCUUCUUCUCUGAGCUUCCAGCUCUCAGCUCUACUUGCCACGCACAGGACCAGGCCACGACUGUUCUUCACGAAGAGACUCACGCCAACAGUGUCUACAGCCCCGGUACUGACGACCUUGGCUACGGCUAUGCCGCUGCCUCUCGUCUGACUACUACUCAGGCUCUCAACAACGCUGAUUCUUACGCCCUGUACGCCAACGCUGUCUACGUCAACUGCUAG